CGCAAAUCCUGAAUCCUAACGAUCCUAAUAACCGGCUCAGCUGUGCGUGCGCUGUGCGACGCGAUGGCGAACACUAAUUCACGAGUGGAAGAAUUGAUCAAUCAUUUUAGAUCGCAUAAUAAAAUUAGAGAACAACAAACGCAUUCAGCAAAAGUACACAGUGUAGGAUGGAGUUGCGACGGAAAAUAUUUGGCUUCGGGCUCGUUCGACAAAUGCGUGUGCAUAUUCUCACUUGGACCUGAUCGUUUGAAGCAAGAGACAACAUUCCGAGGUCACGGAGGUAGCGUGGAUCAGCUAUGUUGGCACGCUUUCUAUCCAGACGUGCUGUCAACAGCAAGUGGGGACAAAACAGUUCGUAUUUGGGAUACGAGAACUCAAAAGUGUACAGCAAAUAUUGGAACGAGGGGAGAAAACAUCAACAUAUCAUGGUCUCCCGACGGCAAUACAAUAGCUGUUGGUAACAAAGAGGAUCUAGUCACUUUCAUAGACGCCAGAGUAAUGAAGAUCAGAGCGGAAGAACAAUUCAGUUUUGAAGUUAAUGAAAUAUCUUGGAACAAAGACUCGGACACAUUCUACUUGACCAAUGGUCAAGGCUGUGUCCACAUAUUGAGUUAUCCAGAUUUGGAGUUGCUUCACGUGAUCAAAGCUCAUCCGGGGACCUGCAUAUGCAUAGAAUUCGAUCCAACGGGGCGUUAUUUUGCGACUGGUUCAGCUGAUGCAUUAGUGUCGCUGUGGGAUGCUGACGAAUUAUGCUGUUUAAGAACAUUUUCUCGACUCGAGUGGCCUGUACGAACGAUAUCAUUUUCGUACGACGGUCAAUUGUUGGCAGCAGCUUCCGAAGAUCUUGUCAUAGAUAUCGGUGAAGUACAGACCGGUGAAAAGAUCGCCGAUAUCCCCGUCGAAGCGGCAACAUUCACGGUUGCGUGGCACCCUAAACAGUACUUGCUCGCUUAUGCCUGCGACGACAAAGACACUUACGACCGUAAACGCGAUGCUGGUAGCCUCAAAGUCUAUGGAUUUUCGAACGAUUGACACACCACUGAUCCAAACACUUGUCAAUUAUUCCAUAACUGUGUCCCCAUGACACACAGUACUUGAAAAAAAUCCAUUAGAUCUUAAGAAAAAGAUGUGUAAAAACUACCAUAAAUUUAAAUACAAGACAAUUAAUUUUGUACAAAA